UUCUCCAGUCUCUACUGCAAUUCAACCAUCCCCAUCGACUCAAUUCCAUCUCAACAGCAGAAAACGCAACUCUCUAACUGAGAAAGCAAGAAGACACCAACAAUGCCUCCCCUGCGCACAUCCUCCCUCCGUCUCCUCCGCCCUUCGCGGGCCAUCGCCCCAACUCCCAUCCGCAACCUCCGACCACUAUCAACAUGGCUUCCAAAACACCUUUCACCAGUCAAGAUCACUACAACCAAGCCUCCCUCGCUUUCCCCCCCCCAAUUCCCAACACAAACAAGAUGGCGGUCAACUCAAACCUCCAGCGGCAAAAGCCAAGCUGACUUGAUGGUCGAAGAACUCCAAGAGCUCUACGAAACUGCUAAAGACGAAUUCGAAAUUGCAACCGACAGCACAAACGGCACAACCAUCUACGCGGCCUCGGACCGGGAGUCGGCGCGCGACGCAUUGAAUCAGCUGAGCGCGGUGUUUGCGCUCUAUACGACCGAGAUGCCCUCGUAUGACGAGUCGCAGCAGCCACAGCAGCCGCAGCCGGAUGAUUCUGGAAGUCAGAUUGUAUCGACGUAUUUUGAUCCUGCGGAUAUCAAGCCUGAGGUCCGCGCGGAGGUGAAGAGGAGGGUUGGGCAGCGGCUGAGGGAGUUGGAGAAUGCGGUGGAGGCAUUGGAGGAAAGGGCUAAGGAUGAUUAAUUGCUAAUUUAGUUGGUGGGUUUAAUUUGGGAGGUAAUAGAUGGUAGAUUGUUGCCAAUGGUCGACGGCGACAACGUGA